AUGAUCCAUCCACCCCUGGAAGUAUAUAAAGGUCCUGGAAGAGGAGAAGAUAUCCAGACUUCAGAAAUCUCCUACACCUCAACUGAAACCUCACCUCCCAACACCAUGUGUUGUAACUACUACGGAAACUCCUGCGGUGGCUGUGGCUAUGGCUGUGGCUAUGGCUCUAGCUGUGGCUAUGGCUGUGGCUAUGGCUCCCGCUAUGGCUGUGGCUAUGGCUCUGGCUGUGGCUGUGGCUCUGGUUGUGGAUAUGGCUGUGGCUCUGGCUGUGGCUAUGGCUCUAGCUGUGGCUAUGGCUCUGGCUCUGGCUCUGGCUGUGGAUACAGCUGUGGUUAUGGCUCUGGCUGUGGCUAUGGCUGUGGCUAUGGCUCCCGCUAUGGCUGUGGCUAUGGCUCUGGCUGUGGAUACAGCUCCCGCUAUGGCUGUGGCUAUGGCUCUGGAUGCUGUGGCUACUAA